CACACAUCAGGGGUUAGCCCUCAAUCAACUAUAUAAACCCUCCACAGCACUAGCCAAUCGAUCCACAAUAAUCCUCUCUUCCCAGACCUUGAAGAAGCUUCAACAACUGGCCAUGGCUGCCAAAACCCCAAGCUCGUGGUGCUUUAGUUUCCUAAAGGAAGCUCUGAUCCUCCCCACGCGAAACCCUAAGCUCUUCACGCCGGUGUUCCUUGUGUUGGCCGUCGCCACCUUCCUUGCCCGCUCAGUCCAUGUCGUGUUCAUCCAGCCUCUCGUCGACGACAUGGUCAGGUCCAUCUAUCUCAUCGAGAUGAGGAACACCGGCUUCUCCUGCGCAGAGGGUGCCAAGCUCGAAGAGGGCGCCAUAAAGAUCAUGCUAAUCUCCAUCGCCCAAGUGAUCCUCAUGCUGGCGCUUGGCUUCGUCAAGAAGGCUCUCGCCUUCUUCGCGGCCUCCACGACCUACUCCGGCGACCGCUACUCGCUGGCCGAGCUCGUCCGCAAGGUGAUCUGCAAGGGGAACACCCUGAAGGGCCCUGCUAUCACCUUCGCCGUGGUCACCGCGCUCGACCUGGCGUGGACGGCCGUACUGGUCGCCAUGCGUGCUGGUACUGCCGUGAUGAUGCGCGGUGGGCAGUCGCGGGUCCUCUCCGUCCAGGGCCUCGUCUUCCUCCUCACGCUCCUCGCCGAGCUAUGCUUCGCCGUCCUCGCGCUGGUGAGCGUUGCCGCGUCGGUGGUCGACGGGGAGCGCCGCGGCGUGCGCGCGCUCAGGCAGGCGUGGCGGCUCAUGACGCGGGUGAGGAGGAAGGAGGGCCUCCUGCUGGUGCUCCUGACGUAUCUCCUGCCCACCGUCGUGGCUCCGGUGUACCGGGCUGCUCUUGUGUACUCGAGGAGGAGCAUGGCGGCGGGCCUGUGCGUGCUCGCUGGGUAUGCUUUUAUGUUCGGUGCGCUGCAGCUGGUCUAUCUGGCGGCGGCCACAGUGUUCUACUACGAAGCCAUGGAGAGCAAGGAGGUGGUGCCUUGUGACGCUUAUGCCAAGAUUCCUUCCGGUGAAGGAGAUGUCUGAUUCGUCUCUAAGUGGUCGCUCGCUAGACUGAUGAGUUACAUGGGAGGCUUUAUCCUGCAAUAAUGUACUAAUAGUAUCUCUGUAAGAUUAUACGUAGCCAGAGCCCAGAGGGGUACUAUACUACUAGUUCUCUUGGCUUUGGCUUGUGGAUAAAACCGUAUUCCUAUGUUUUCUUUACUAAAUGAUGAUGCGCCACGGGGUUACUAUGAGAAUCGGUUGCAAUAUACCUCCUCCGUUUUUAAA